GAACCUUCAUAAUCAACUGACUAGGGGAGGAGCGGGGCUGUAGAAUCUGUAGGCGGGGUUUGCAGAAUUAGACGGUGACAGACGAGAAAUAAUUAGCGAUUCUUCAAAAAUUCAUAGCGAUCAUAAGACCACUAGCUUUACCGUCUGAGUACCAUGAGUGGCAUUUGUGGAAUCCGUGGCUUUGUUGCGCUGGGGGUGGUCUUGCUGUCACUAUGCGCCAUUGGUCACGCCCUGAAGUGUUACAAAUGUACCGGCAUUGGUUCAAAUAAGUGUGCAGAGAUAGAAACCUGUCCCUUUGGCACGACAGGCUGUAUGCUGCUGGAAGCGGGUGACAAGUCCAAGGCUCAGUGCUAUGAUUAUAGCAAGUGCAAUCGUGAUACUGUUAAACAGGAAUUUACAGUGUCCAAUUUUCAGCUGACGUGCUGCACGUCCGAUCUGUGUAACCACAGUGCGCGCAGCCUGCCCAGCACCUUCCUGGCCGUCUUCCUGGUGAUCGCAGUCCUGCUCCUCUACUGAGUCAUCACACUACUGUACUUUCACUGAGACAAAGGAUUGUGUUUAUGACAUAAAAACCAAAUGUAAAUCGUUAUGUCUAACUUCAGCUGUACAGGCCACUGUGUUUUAUAAAGCUAACAAGUUGUUCAGUUA